CGUUCCCCUCUUUCUUCCAGCUCCAGAUAGUUCUUCUGCUCAAUCUCCACAUUCUUUACUUCUUCAAUGGAAAGGAAUCAGCUCAGACGCCAGGUUGCCGUUGUGAGGCAGUCUCUCUUUGAUCAGGGAUAUCUUGAUGAACAAUUUGUUCAGCUGGAGGAAUUACAAGAUAACGAUAACCCUAAUUUCGUCGAGGAAGUUGUUACAUUGUUUUUCAGGGAUUCUUCCAGAUUGAUUGCUAACAUAGAGCAGGCAUUGGAACGUGGUCCUCUUGAUUUCAAUAAGUUGGACAACUACAUGCACCAGUUCAAGGGUAGUAGCUCAAGCAUUGGAGCUAAAAAGGUGAAGGAUGAGAGCUCACAAUUCAGGGAGUACUGCAGAGCAGGAAAUGCAGAUGGAUGCAUGAAGUCAUUCCAACAAGUGAAGAAAGAACAUGCAACUCUGAGGAAGAAACUUGAAUCUUACUUUCAGCUUGUCAGACAAGCUGGACCUGCAGAGACAGCAUCUCGCCCAGUUAGGAACUGAUGAGCAAGGAUGACUAAUAUUGAAGCUUAUGAUCAUGUCAAUGUCGCGA